AGAGCUCCACCCCUGACCACGCCCCCAGCCCCUCACUGUGAUGAUCCGAGAGAAGAAUCCAGAAGGCUUCCUGUCAGCAGCAGAAAUCCCCCUCUUCAAGCUCUACCUGACCAUGUCUGCCUGCUUCCUGGCUGCAGGCAUCUUCUGGGUGUCCAUCCUCUGCAAGAAUACCUACAGCGUCUUUAAGAUCCACUGGCUCAUGGCAGCCCUGGCGUUCACCAAGAGCGUCUCCCUGCUUUUCCACAGCAUCAACUACUACUUCAUCAACAGCCAAGGCCACCCCAUCGAAGGCCUCGCCGUCAUGCACUAUAUCACACACCUGUUGAAAGGUGCCCUUCUCUUCAUCACCAUCGCCCUGAUCGGCUCGGGCUGGGCCUUUGUGAAGUACAUGCUGUCAGACAAGGAGAAGAAGAUUUUUGGAAUUGUGAUCCCCCUGCAGGUCCUGGCUAAUGUGGCAUACAUUGUCAUCGAGUCCCGCGAGGAGGGUGCCAGCGACUAUGGGCUCUGGAAGGAGAUCUUGUUCCUGGUGGAUCUCAUCUGCUGUGGUGCCAUUCUCUUCCCAGUCGUGUGGUCCAUCCGGCAUCUGCAGGACGCAUCUGGCACUGAUGGGAAAGUGGCGGUGAACCUGGCCAAGCUGAAGUUGUUCCGGCAUUACUACGUCAUGGUCAUCUGCUACAUCUACUUCACGCGCAUCAUCGCCAUCCUGCUGCGUGUGGCCGUGCCCUUCCAGUGGCAGUGGUUGUACCAGCUCUUGGUGGAGAGUUCCACGCUGGCCUUCUUCGUGCUCACCGGCUACAAGUUCCAGCCAGCUGGGGACAACCCUUACCUGCAGCUACCGCAGGAGGAUGAGGAAGAUGUGCAGAUGGAGCAAGUGAUGACGGACUCUGGGUUUCGGGAAGGCCUGUCCAAAGUCAACAAGACAGCCAGUGGCCGGGAGCUGUCGUGACUUCCCUGCAUCCAGCCAGCCACCCUCGGUCCUCCUGCACCCCGCACACCUACACUCACCUCCAGGGUGCAGGGAGCCCAGAGGCCCACGCCGACAAGGCACCCAGGACGCGGGUCCCCAAGGAGCCUUUCAGAAAUAGGCGCUCUUCUCGCAGCACUGCAGGCCUGUCCUCACCAGGGGACACCUCGGCCCCGUUCAGAACAAUAAGGACCAACCUUUCCUUUCACUUCUUGAGUUUCUUGAUAUUGAGGGGUUUGAGUGCCUAAGGCAAGCUGCAUUUAUGAUCUAGAACCCUGAGUUCUCAGUCCACGUGGUGGCACAUGUCUGUCAUCCUGUUGCUCUGGAGAUCCUCAUGAAGCUCUGGGCUGACCAGUAAACAAAAAUAAAGAGAAAGCAGAAUUCACAGUGA